CUGCUUUUCUGCCACCUGUGCUCCCGGGCGCAAAACUCUUUUUCUUCGGUCGGACUCUUUGCCUGCAGUUGAUGCAAAAUGAGUGUUCCCGACUACAUGCAGUGUGCUGAGGAUCAUCAGACUCUCCUGGUUGUGGUUCAGCCGAUUGGCAUUGUACCCGAAGAGAGCUUUUUCAGGAUCUACAAGCGAAUUGCAGCAGUGAGUCAAGUUAAUGUGCGCGACUCUCAACGUGUGUUGUAUAUCCGUUAUAGGCACCAUUAUCCCCCAGAGAACAAUGAGUGGGGGGAUUUUCAGACACACCGGAAAGUCGUGGGGCUGAUAACUAUUACGGACUGUUCUUCUGCAAAGGACUGGCCUCAGACUUUUGAAAAAUUCCAUCUUCAAAAGGAAAUGUAUGGUUCUACUCUCUAUGAUUCCCGGUUGUUUGUCUUUGGGCUUCAAGGAGAGAUUGCAGAACAACCCCGCACAGAUGUGGCGUUUUAUCCCAGUUAUGAUGAAUGUGAAACUGUGGAGAAGAGAAUAGAAGAUUUUAUCGAAUCCCUCUUCAUAGUGUUGGAGUCUAAGCGGCUUGACAGAGCCACUGAUAAGUCUGGAGACAAGAUCCCGCUCCUCUGUGUUCCUUUUGAGAAGAAGGAUUUUGUAGGUCUGGACACCGAUAGUAGGUAAGCAGCUAUUU